UUAUACAGGAGAGUUGUAGUGCCUGUUAAGUGGUGGUUCAGUUCAGUGUUUUGAUUAAUGCUCCUUCCCAACCAGGAAAUGUGGCUGAUGCCAGAAAGAAAGAUGAAGCUCUCCCUCCCUGCAACAAAGCUUUAUUUUACGCAUGCACCAUCUGGUCACGUGAUGCUGAUCUGUUACCCAGCAAGCUCAUUAUCAGGCAGCCAUCUUGGUGUCUAUCAUCGGAGCAGCGACUCACAGCCUACUCUAUCUGAGCUAGCCGGGCGAGAGGAGAGGCAGAGCGUUGUUAUCCCAGUACCCAGACCGCACCGCGCUGCAGAGACGCACAGAGGAGAGGGCAGGGCUGCAGCCUUUGUUGAGACAGACGCACGGUGGCUUUUCUCCUUACUCAUCUGUGAAGGGCGAGGAAUAACAAACCCAGCAUCCAUCCAGCCUCCUCUUUUCUCUCUCCCUUUGUUUUUAGCACAUAGACUGGCCUUACUUUGCAUUGCCUGUCUUUCUGGAGAGAGCUGCGUUGUUUCCAUUUGCCUCUCAGCCCUCUAUUCGCUGAGUCAUCAUGGCAGACCUGAUGGCCCAGCCCGACGCCCCGACUCCCACCACCGAUAAGAUCACGCAGGCCGCCCGGGAGACCAUCUACCUGUGUAACUUCCGCGUGUCGGUGGACGGAGAAUGGCUCUGUCUCAGGGAGCUGAACGACAUCUCCCUCACCCCAGACCCAGAGCCAGCCCACGAAGAUCCGAAGGACCCUAUAGCCAUCGAGCGGUUGAACCUGAUGAACAUGGCUAAGCUGAGCAUCAAGGGUCUGAUUGAGUCGGCCCUGAACCUGGGCAGGACCUUGGACUCUGACUACGCUCCGUUACAGCAGUUCUUCGUGGUCAUGGAGCACUGCCUCAAACACGGACUCAAAACCAAGAAGACGUUCCUGGGGCAGAACAAGUCUUUCUGGGGGGCCCUGGAGCUGGUGGAGAAACUCACCCCUGAGGCUGGAGAGAUCACCGCCAGCGUCAAAGACCUGCCAGGACUCAAAACCCCAUUAGGAAGAGGGCGGGCCUGGCUGCGAUUGGCCCUGAUGCAGAAGAAGCUGUCAGAUUACAUGAAGACCAUCAUCAACAGAAAGGACCUGCUCAGUGAGUUCUACGAGUCCAACGCUCUCAUGAUGGAGGAGGAAGGAGCCGUGAUCGCCGGACUGCUGGUUGGGUUGAACGUCAUCGAUGCUAAUCUCUGUAUGAAGGGGGAAGACCUCGACUCACAGGUCGGGGUGAUAGAUUUCUCCAUGUAUCUUAAGGAUGGUCAAAGCAGCAAGACGGCAGAAGGGGAUGGCCAGAUCACAGCCAUCCUGGACCAGAAGAACUAUGUUGAGGAGCUAAACAGACACCUGAGUGCUUCAGUCAACAACCUGCAGGCCAAAGUAGACGCUAUGGAGAAGUCCAACACCAAGCUCACUGAAGAGCUUGCAGUAGCCAACAACAGGAUCAUCACCCUACAAGAGGAUGUAGAACGAGUCAAGGAGGAGAGCUCCAACCAGCUAGAGUCCAGUCGCAAGGCAUCGCGGGCAGGGGACGGCUUGGCAGACGGUCAGGUGCUGGGGGCGGCACGCAAACAGCUCAAGGAGGAAACACAGCUACGAUUGGAUGUAGAGAAGGAGUUGGAGGUUCAGAUUGGUAUGAAGCAGGAGAUGGAGCUGUCUAUGAAGAUGUUAGAGACGGAUAUGUGUGAGAAACAGGAUGCUCUGGUUGAGCUACGACAACAGCUAGAAGACCUCAGGUCCCUCAACCAGCAGCUAGCGCAGAAGUCCCAGAACUUGGAGGCGGGCGCCAAGCAGAAGAGUGAGGUCAUCAGUCGCCUGGAGGAGAAGACUAAUCAGAUGGCUGGAACUAUAAAACAGCUGGAGAGCAGUGAGAAAGACUGUGUGAAGCAGGCCAGAAGCUUGAGUUCCAAUGCAGAGAAACUGCUUCAGAAGCAACUAUAGGACUCUCCUCUCUUCCCUUUCGCUCCCCACAAUGACACCCACAUCAUCGUUUCAGAAAUCUGAUUCCCAAUCGAAACAUAAAACCAACCUUUGCAUAGUAUAGAAAUGACUAAGCUAGGUUAUUUAUUUUGAUAUAUCUGUUGCGGUUAAACCUUUUAAUUUCUAACUGUUAAACAAUCUUAUGUUUCCUAAAACUAAACUCUCCUUAAACAGUUUUCCUGACAGCAUUACUUUGAUUAGCAGCAUGGACUGGAGACAGGCUAGAGGGCGCCAGAGAGAGGCUAUCUUUCUGUUGUACUGAGACAGGCUAGAGGGCGCCAGAGACUAUCUUUCUGUUGUACUGAGACAGCCUAGAGGGCACCAGAGAGAGGCUAUCUUUCUGUUAUACUGAGACAGCCUAGAGGGCACCAGAGACUAUCUUUCUGUUGUACUGAGACAGCCUAGAGGGCACCAGAGAGAGGCUAUCUUUCUGUUAUACUGAGACAGCCUAGAGGGCACCAGAGACUAUCUUUCUGUUAUACUGAGACAGGCUAGAGGGCACCAGAGAGAGGCUAUAUUUCUGUUGUACUGAGACAGGCUAGAGGGCACCAGAGAGAGGCUAUCUUUCUGUUAUACUGAGACAGGCUAGAGGGCACCAGAGAGAGGCUAUAUUUCUGUUGUACUGAGACAGCCUAGAGGGCACCAGAGAGAGGCUAUCUUUCUGUUAUACUGAGACAGGCUAGAGGGCACCAGAGACUAUCUUUCUGUUGUACUGAGACAGGCUAGAGGGCACCAGAGAGAGGCUAUCUUUCUGUUGUACUGAGACAGCCUAGAGGGCACCAGAGACUAUCUUUCUGUUAUACUGAGACAGGCUAGAGGGCACCAGGGAGAGGCUAUCUUUCUGUUGUACUGAGACAGGCUAGAGGGGGCCAGAGAGAGGCUAUCUUUCUGUUAUACUGAGACAGGCUAGAGGGCGCCAGAGAGAGGCUAUCUUUCUGUUAUACUGAGACAGGCUAGAGGGCACCAGAGAGAGGCUAUCUUUCUGUUGUACUGAGACAGGCUAGAGGGCACCAGAGACUAUCUUUCUGUUAUACUGAGACAGGCUAGAGGGCACCAGAGAGAGGCUAUCUUUCUGUUGUACUGAGACAGGCUAGAGGGCACCAGAGAGAGGCUAUCUUUCUGUUGUACUGAGACAGCCUAGAGGGCACCAGAGACUAUCUUUCUGUUAUACUGAGACAGGCUAGAGGGCACCAGAGACUAUCUUUCUGUUAUACUGAGACAGGCUAGAGGGCACCAGAGAGAGGCUAUCUUUCUGUUAUACUGAGACAGCCUAGAGGGCACCAGAGAGAGGCUAUCUUUCUGUUAUACUGAGACAGGCUAGAGGGCACCAGAGAGAGGCUAUCUUUCUGUUGUACUGAGACAGGCUAGAGGGCACCAGAGAGGGGCUAUCUUUCUGUUGUACUGAGACAGGCUAGAGGGCACCAGAGAGAGGCUAUCUUUCUGUUAUACUGAGACAGGCUAGAGGGCACCAGAGAGAGGCUAUCUUUCUGUUGUACUGAGACAGGCUAGAGGGCACCAGAGAGGGGCUAUCUUUCUGUUAUACUGAGACAGGCUAGAGGGCACCAGAGAGAGGCUAUAUUUCUGUUGUACUGAGACAGCCUAGAGGGCACCAGAGACUAUCUUUCUGUCGGACUAGCAGUGCAGGGUGACUCCACUCACAGUACUACAUCUUUCUGUGCUAAUAAAGAUAUCAGACCCACAGCUGUAAUGAAUGUUCCCUGAUAAGAGGUUUGGGAUGUCUGCCAUUUUAGUAAGAGAGAUGUUACUGUUCUGAAAACUCUAAAUAUUUGCUAUUUCUUGAACAUCAACACACCCAGACGCCCCCUACAGUGGCAUACCGUAGGUCCUUAGACCAGCCCAAUGCUACGUACAGCUUGUCCUUAGACCAUACAGACAUGCGUGCUUAACCAGCCACUGAGUAGCCCUCUUUCUCACACCAUGAUUAAUAAAGGGCUGGCCUCCUGCACCGUUAAGUGAUAAUGCCUGAGAAGGCCGUGUUUGGAGGACAUAUUGGCACGGGUGUUGUUAGGCCCGAGACGAAGUUGAGGCAAACCGUGCCAAUAUGUCCUCUAAACACGGGCUUCUCAGGCAUUAUCACUUUUAUACAGCAGGUUACCAACCUAUUCAAAUAAUGAUUGACAUUUUCAUUAGCUUUAUUUUUAAUGAAUGUAUUCAUACCGUUUCAUCUUUACACAAAUCUAGGGUUGCUAUCCAAGCUGGCUUGUCGUUCGUUCUAUCAGUUCGGUUACCAGAGACGCGACCCAGUCGUUCUGUAUCUAUGGAUGCAACACAGUCGUUCGUUCUCAAUGUUCUAUUGCCAUACUGGCUGGCAACGUUCUUGUCCUUUGCUUGCUAGCUAGCCAACUACGGCUAACUUAGUCACAUCAAAAAGUGCAGCCAGAUAACAGCAAAGUAGCUGUAUUUGCAUGCUUGUUUAAGUAGUUUUCUAGUGAUACGUUCAUAAGAAUUAGCAAAAGAAAUGUGCUCACUCACCAGGACACUGUUGUUCAAAGGAGCUAGCCAAAAAACACAGCGAACAUCAUCACUUCAAACUGAAGCUGGAAAGACUGACGAACUAGCUGCACUUCGUUUGACCCUUUUUUAUAUUAACAUUUGUUUGUAUAUAUCCAUAAGAAUUAUGCGGAUUCAUGACUUGGACUGGCUGAGUCCCGACCCCUACACUUUCAUUACGAUGGGUCAGCUGGAGAUGGAAUUUCAAUAUUGAAACUGACAUUGCAAAUGUCAGAGAGAUAGAACGCAAGUUUUAUUAAAUCUCCGCUGUUGAAAACCAAUUGCUAGUUUAAAAGAAGUGGGAGAUAAUGUCUUGAUGCUUUUUACAGUGGAGAUCGGGUUUAUAAAUUGCCUGGCUGGGCUGAUGAGACAGUGGAUUGGUGCAGUCAGAUGGAACAGAGUAAAUAAGCAUUUUAACGUCAUAGAUUUAACCGGUGGUAACUUGUGGAAUAGACACCGCCUGGAAUGCGGUUUUAACCAAUCAGCAUUAGGCCCAACCCUAAUGUCAUGGUAUAAAGUACCGUACCAUGACAUCUAGACCAUACAGCACACACAGUUUGUAGCUGUGCUUCCUUCGCUAGUCUGACUCCAUACAGCUUUCUGUGGAACCAUGCUGUUGGCCACUCACUGCUGUAUGGAGCAGUGGCCUGGUCCCAGAUCAGUCUGUGCUGUAUGGAGCAGUAGCCUGGUCCCAGAUCAGUCUGUGCUGUAUGGCGAAGUAGCCUGGUCCCAGAUCAGUCUGUGCUGUAUGGAGCAGUAGCCUGGUCCCAGAUCAGUCUGUGCUGUAUGGAGCAGUGGCCUGGUCUCAGAUCAGUCUGUGCUGUAUGGAGCAGUGGCCUGGUCUCAGAUCAGUCUGUGCUGUAUGGAGCAGUGGCCUGGUCUCAGAUCAGUCUGUGCUGUAUGGAGCAGUGGCCUGGUCUCAGAUCAGUCUGUGCUGUAUGGAGCAGUAGCCUGGUCUCAGAUCAGUCUGUGCUGUAUGGAGCAGUAGCCUGGUCUCAGAUCAGUCUGUGCUGUAUGGAGCAGU